AAAAAAAAAAAAAAAAAAAAAAAAGCCCGAUCAGAUUGACUGCAAUUGAUUCAUCCUCCAUAUAAUUUCCCCUUCAUUUCACUAUUGCAGCUCCUCAUGCUCUCAGAGUGCUUCAUCGCGUCGACUCUGACGUCUGGCAAAGCCCCUGCGUCAGCGUCGCUGAGAGAUGUCGGUAUCUGCCUCCAAGAGUUCCAGCCUGCACCCGCGCUGCGCUCCACCUUCAAGAAGAGCUCGACAGCGGCCAAUUGUUUGGCAGUGAGCCCGUCACACGUGUUCGCGGCCCAGUCAGAGAAGGCGAUUGUCCACGUCUAUAGCAGAGAAAAGGGGAAUCAAGAGGCAAUUGUUCCUUUCCCGGAACGGAUACGCAGUCUUGCGGUUGCGGGGGGUAGGAAUGGCGAUAUCUUAGUGCUGGGAACAGAGGGCGGUCGUUUGAUCUUGUGGGAGACCUGUACCGGACGACAAGUGGCUACAACGGCGUCGCAUUUACAACCGGUAACCUCCCUCGUGGUCGAUCGGGCGUCGAAUUUCAUUGUCUCUGGAUCCUCAGAUGCGAGUGUUCACGUGUGGUCGUUGGCAAGCAUCCUCUCCUUCAUCAAGCCCCCAUCUGGCCGGGAUCGGCAGCAACCAAACUCGCCCAUCCGCACAUUUUCAAACCAUCGCGCUGCUAUCACAUCGAUCGCAUUGGGUCACAGCGCUGGCCGUUACAAUAUCGCUGUUUCGACUGCAAAGGAUAGCACCGCGGUUGCCUGGGAUUACCAUACGGGACGUGUCUUGCGAACUUUCCUUUUACCCUCCUCAGCAACAUGCGUGACACUGGACCCGGUUGACCGCGCCUUCUACGUGGGUUAUGAAGAUGGUAGCGUGCAAGGCAUUGAGUUCUACAAAAACCAGUCUGCCCAACAUCCUCUCCACGACCCUUCGCUACAGUCUACCCCAGUGCAGCCGUCAGCGGCGGACCGCUGGCUACCACCUUCGUCCGACACGGGUGCGGUCGAGUCGCUUGCACUUUCGUACGACGGCACUAUCCUAUUAACCGGCCAACGUAAUGGAAAGGUUCUUUCGUGGAACGUCGCUAGACGGAAAUACGCCACGAUCGUAGCCGACUACACACACCCGGUCACCAACUUGUCGAUGUUACCACUCAACGGAUUACCUCACCCACCCCUCGAACUGACAAGAAUAGCACAUACGAUUAUCAAGCCCCGAUAUGACCAAGCACUCUCCGAAUCAUCGGUCAACCCAGGCGCAGUUCCUGCCGACUACGCCUUCCAAACCCGCCUCCUCCCCUCCUCAAAAGAUACCCCAAAGCCCAAGACGAAGACAGACCCCUUCUCCGAAGCCCUCUCCCACGCCUUCUUCCCCGACUCAAUGAUGGAAGAAGGCCUCGCCGAACUCGCCGCCCUGAACCAGGGCCAACAACAACAAUCCCCAUCCACUGUCCACUCCACCCAAGCCCUCGAAGACACAACCGCCAAAGACACCCAAAUCACAGCCCUUGAAGCCGAACUCUCCACCCUCAAGAAGAAAGCCACCGCCAGUGAAACUGCCCGCCAGACUACCACCGACGAAGUCACCAAGCUCCGUUCCGACCUGAUCCACCUGCAGGGUUACAUCAACGAGCUUCAUCAGAAACAAGAGCAGACGCAGCGGGAGAAGGUGCAGAGACAGGCUAGGAAGGAGAAGCGGGAGAUGAAGAGGAGAGAUGCGUGGUUUGCGGCUGAGAAGAAGGGAAGGAAUGGGGAUGCCGUGGUGAAGAAGAUGGAUUUGGAUGACGGGGCUCAGACUAGUGAUUCGGAUGAUCAGAGUAGUGAGUGAAGGGGGGCAUGGGCUAUGUAUUUUGUUUUGUGUCUUGACUUUAGAUGACUCAACACUCAGACAUGACGAUACCCUGAUGAGAGGAGGAUGAAAAGACGAACAGAUAGCGAAGAUGGUCCGGCAAUGGCUGAAAUCAUAUGAAAAGGCAAUCACCUAAGACGCGUUCAUGUGAAUAACGCGGCAUUCAAAAUAGUAAAGGUAGGGCUUUCUAGCAGGGCUUGAAGACUCAUACCAUUCUUCAAAUAAAGAUUUCAUUGUACAAACGUAGACUAUCAUAUCUAUACACAAUGCAACCAAAAAGAAAAGAAAAGAAAAGAAAAGAAAAAACUAAACUUAUCUACAUUAAUAUAAAGCCCAACGAAAUCACCCAAAACAAAAAGUAAUCCAAAAAAGGAUGAAGGAAAGUAAGAAGAGAAAUCUCCAAUAUACAACCAAACUUCAAACAAAGUUAACUACCAGCCUUC